AUGUGUACUCAUUCAUUGCUUUUUCUCUGCACAGGUUCCCAUCCCCUGGCAAAGUAUGUGGCCUCCUUUGACAGCCGGUUCAACAGCAUCUUUAUGGACACUGCGUGGAGGGAGCUGUUCUGCAGGACGGAGCGACCCGCCUCAGACAACAUCGAUGUAGCAGGACGAGUCGUUCAGUAUCUGGUCGGCGCCAACGUGUCUCACCAGUUCCCCAUCUCAGAGGCAAUGCUCACCUACAAACAGAAGAGCCCUGAUGAGGACUCCUGUCAGAAGUUUGUGCCAUUUAUUGGGGUUGUGAAAGUUGGGAUUGUGGAGCAGAGCCUCUCAACUUCAGUGGAUUCAGAUGAUGCGAUGGGGGUCAACACGAGCAUCCUGGGCUCCCCAACGCCCCCAUCGGCCGGUCCGUAUGGGAAGGAAAUCGGCGGCACCCCCCCUCAGUCUCCCUCUGUGUCCACCGCACUCUCUGGAGCUGGCUCUCCGUGCUUUGGCAGUGAGGUGAUGGGGCUGCAGGUGGACUACUGGACGUGGCAGGGCCCAGAGAAGAAGAAGGAGGGGGAGAAGAGGGAUGUUGGACUGAAGAACACGCUGAAGAGUAACUUCCGCUCUCUGCAAGUCAGCCGCCUGCCCUGCGGGGGGGAACUCACCCCCCCACCCAGCAUGGCCAUGACUGUAGUCACCAAGGAGAAGAACAAGAAAGUGAUAUUUCUCAGCAAGAAGCCCAAGGAGAAGGAUCUGGACUCAAAGAGCCAGGUGAUAGACGGCAUCAGCAGACUGAUCUGCACAGCCAAGCACCAGCACACCAUGCUGAGAGUCACUAUCGAUGGAGUGGAGUGGAACGACGUGAAGUUUUUCCAGCUCGCUGCCCAGUGGCCGACCCACGUAAAGCACUUCCCAGUGGGGAUCUUCGGGUACACUAAGCCUGUGUGACCCCGGCCGCCCCCCCACUCCACCAGACUCUCCGCUGCACUUGUCUCCCUGAGAGGAUGCAGAGAAUCAGAGGAAAAGCCGACGGGCCGGCAGUAAUAGUUUUCCUGUGGAAAUCUUACUGUCUCACAACCACGUGUUUAAUACACAACCUUCAUGUUGUCAAUUGGAUGUUUUUGAUGUUGACGUUGUUUGGGUGUUGUUGCUGUUUUUUACACACUACGAAAAGAACAAGUACUAUUUUGUAAGAUUUGUGCUACCGCCUCGGAGGUAUUUUGAGGUUUUAUGACAAUUUGCCACAUUUCGAUAAUGGCAGCUGUGUUUGCACUUUGUUUUUGUUAACAUUUUAUUAUUUCUGUGAAAUCCUACAUUUAUUGUUACUCUAUACGCAAUGGAAGAGUGUGGCGGUGGCGUGCGUGAGAUCGUUUGAGGCCGUGUUUGUUGUUGAAAGUUGGAAUAUUGCUGUGAAUCUAGAUGGAAUCCUUCUCUUCGAAACUCCGUUUUCUUACUCGUCCCUUUACUUUCUCACUACUUUUAUAGAAAGGAACAGAAAGAUCUGUUUUGCCUCGUUGCUCUUAGGGCACACUGUGUACCUAAAACAAACAAAAAAACAAGGAAUUUUUUGAAGGUAGCUAUAAUGAAUGUAGCUAUAGAGCAUUUGUAAGAAUGUGUAAGCAAACACUAACAUCCAGACUGUCACACCCACUUAGAAGCAGGGUCACAUGACGCAGCAGUACAUAUUUUAACUAUCAACAGCUGAAUGCCAAAUUUAGUUGUGACUGUGUGAACUGUUGUAUUGUUUUUCCGUUCCCCCUUUGUGUUCAACUUGAUGUUUCGGCUUACCUGAGUGGACGUCUCACAGACCUGCGGAAACUUAGCAAAUCUCUCCAGACGUGCAGUGAUGUGCCAAAGUCGAGUUUGUUUUACAGUGUGACCACCAGAGCUCUUGGCUAGUCCAAACGUCACAGUAUGAAACUAAAAUAGUACAUUAAAUGUAUUCAUGGUCCCUGUGGAGAUCAGUAUUUAGAUUACUGAGAUAAUAAACCAGUUAGUACUCCACAGUUAGCCCCAUUAAGCAUUUGCAAAGCGUGUACACAUCCUAACCAAGCAAUUACCGCUGUGUCCUUUAUUAUAGCGUCUCAAGCAUACUGAUAGGUUGGACAGGUAUGGGUAAAAUGACUGAGGAGGGUGACUUGCUUUGACAGCAGUGUCGAGCGCAAUGCAAGUAUUGAAUUACUUUCAAUCUGAUGAAAGGUGUAUGGAGCCUUGCCAGACGUCCGAGUUACUGCCUGUGUGUCUGUGUUGGUGUGCUAUGUGUUUCGAUGGUACUCCCUGAAUAGUGUUACGUGAAACUUUUGCAAUAGGAAACCUUUGGACAAAGGGCCUUCUGUAUGAGGUAGUUGUUGCUUUUUUUAUAAAGUGAAGACUUUGAUUGGCUGGCUUUUCUUAGUAAUGUCUAUAAAUAUAUACAAGAUGUAUUAUUGUGAAUUCCCCCCUACUAUCCACUCAAUUGAAAAGCACAAAUAGCUUACCUUUAUCUCUUGACAUAAAUGCCAAAUAUAUAUUUCCAGAACUCAUAACUAUGAAGUUGACUUGUACACUACUACUCUCAUACAUUUCCCUCACUUUGUAAUGCACUUUCAUGUGGUUUUCUACAUAUUUUAGCUCAAAUUGGGACACACUUUGUUUUUGAGGUGAAGUGUUAAAUUUGAAUUGUAAAACCACUACCUUUAGUCAAGAGAAGGCAGUUUUAGUUUUCAAAAUGAACCUUUUUCAUAGGGAUGUUGUGUUUCUGUUAUGGGUUUAAGCGUCCUACGAGGUCUUGAUAACCCUUUCUGGCCGUCUGUUACUUUGCCACUUGAUGUUGAAACGCUUAUUUAGCAGCUACCACCAUGCGCGUCUGCCUGGGACUAAUCAGUCAAGUUUCCCUGUCUCCUGCUUUCUGAAGGCUUUACUAAUCUUCUUUGAGUCGGGACACCAACUGGCCCUAACAGUAUGAAACAGACUGUGAGGUGUUGGAGGAAAUGUGUCAUGUUAGUCUUUGAAAUAUUAAAAAGGCACAACGACGAGUGUAUUUCAAUAUAUUUGACCUCGAGUUUUCGCUUCUUUUUGCCCUAAUUCUAGAGGUAGCAUGGGGGUGUUUUUAAAAGACUGGAUCAAUGAGCAGGCAUCACUUGGCAUCCUUUAGCGCAGCAACAAAUGAACAUCAGCAUUUGUUUAAAUGCCAUCUCAUUGCUCCUGUUACUUGAAAUGCCACCCAGUGUCUUUGCACAAACCCUAUUUUAAAGGACAUGACAGUAUUUUUUAAUUUACCACUAAAAAAAAUAUGGAUUACUCUGCAUGUUUUACUAUAGAUGUAAAUAUGUUUUGGAUUUUUAUAUUGUUUUGUUUCUUUCCAUGCUCCACAAGCAGUUGUUUAUUAAAAUUUGUAAUCUUCUGUACAAA